UCUGAGAAAAAGAACAUCUCGGCAACGAGCUUUCAGUUCUCCUCCACUUCCUCGCUUCCAUGAACCUCCGCCGCCGCCGCCGCCCCUCCCCUGCCGGUUGCGUUCCCCAACGAACCCCGCUUUGAUCUCACCUCCGACCAGAUCAAUGCCCUCGUCUUCCGAUACCUCAAGGAUUCAGGUUUCUCACACACUGUAUUUACUUUGGAACAUCAGCCAGAGUUUGAGAACCUUCCUAUUGAUGAAAGUUCAAUCCGCACUGGUGCCCUUGUUUCAAUUUUAGCAAAAGGUUUUCAGUAUUCAGAAAUGGAAGCAAAUAUGGGCAGUAGUGAUGUGGACGUUGAUGGUGACUACGUUCAUCUUGAGCCUAUUGAUAUUAUCACAAAAGAUGUUCAUAGCCUCAAACAAAUUGUUAAUGAUAAGAAGGAAAAAGCUAAGGAGCUAGGCAAACAUUUUGGAAAAGAUACUGAACACGUUCAAGUAGAUAGACAAGGAAAUGAAGGGCCAUCACCAAUGGACUUCACUCCUAGCUUGGUAUCACCCAGUUGUGAGGUUUCUGACUCUGAUGUGUAUGUUUUGGAAGGACAUAGUUUUGAGGUUAAUGCAUGUGCUUGGAGCCCAACUGGUUCUCUUCUGGCAUCUGGCUCUUCAGAUUCAACCGCACGAAUUUGGGAAAUUUCAAAUGGACCCUGCAUUUCCAGUAUGCAUAGUUCACCUCCAAAUGUGCAUGUUCUAAAUCAUUUUAAUUUUAGUAUAAAUAAUGAAAGCAAUGCAGUCACAGCACUUGCUUGGAAUGAAGAAGGGGAACUGCUUGCAACAGGUUCAUAUGAAGGGCAAGCGAGUAUUUGGAGGAAGAAUGGAAAAUUAGAGGAGAUACUCAAAAAACAUACAGGAUCUAUUUUCUCUUUACAAUGGAACAAGAGAGGUGAUCUUCUCCUCACUGGAAGCUUUGACAACACUGCGAUUCUCUGGGACACUGGCACAUGGGAGUGUAAGCAACAGUUUGCAUUUCAUUCAGCACCAUUGAUAUUUGUUGAAUUUAGAAACAAUACAGCAUUUGCAACAUGCUCAGAAGACAAGAUGAUUUACGUUUGCAGCUUUGGAGAGUCUCAACCAGUUUAUGCUUUUUCUGAACAUCAGGGUGAGAUCAAUGCUAUCCAAUGGGACCCGACUGGUACUUUAUUAGCUUCCUGCUCUGAUGACAGUUUUGUAAAGAUUUGGAGUCUGGAACUGGGCAUGUGUCUACAUGAUCUCCAAGGACACAAUGAGGCAGUGUACACUAUUAAAUGGAGUCCCACUGGCCCGGGUACUAUCAAUCCCGAUAAACAAUUAGUGCUUGCAAGUGCUUCUGGUGACUCAACCAUCAAAUUAUGGGAUGCCCAUAAAGGCCAUCUUCUUCGCACUCUCAACGGUCACCGUGAAGCUGUAUACUCUAUCGCAUUUAGCCCAAAUGGCAACUAUUUGGCUAGUGGAUCCCGAGAUCGACAUUUGCAUAUAUGGUCAGUCAAAGACGGUAGUAUCUUGAAAACAUACAGCCGCGGUGGUGCCAUCAUCUACCAUGUGAGCUGGAAUAGGGAAAAUGAUAUAGUUGUAGCCGGUUUCGGCAAUGGCAUUGUGACUCUCAUUGAUUUCAGAUCUGCAGUGAAGCGUCUACCAUGUACUGACGGAGGAAGUCGGUAGAAACUAAAACCGUCGGCCCUUUUUCGCUCAAGUGUAAUUAACAGCUUGCAAAUUAAUGCAUUGAAUCUUCUGCUCUCUUUUGAUUGGAGAUAAUUGGAUGUUCACAAGAUUUGAAAAUAUUGGGAUUCAAUUUGAUCUAUACUGGCCUUGACCUUGAAAUAUAAAUCCUUCUUGUUAUGUAAUUGAUUCUUUUUU